GUUCCUCUUGCAGGCAGCACAGGACCCAUUGAUGCUCAGGGUGUGCUUCAUUAGCAUGAAGGACCAGCAAUGAGCAGUGAUGUCCCACAGCCUGGCACAGAGGGGACCCUGGGUGCUGAAGAGAAGCCAGCCCUCCCCACGGAGCAUGUUCCACCUCUUCUCCCACUGCUGGUCGUGGCUGCAGGCCAUACAGGAGCCCAUCAGGAAGGUCACACUCCUUGUGUUGGGGCUGGACAACGCUGGGAAAACCUCCGUCAUCAUGGACCUAGACAGAGCGCUGCCCAGCGAGGUGCUGCCCACGGCACAGCCCGGCCAGACCCGCCUGAGGGUGGAGCGCUUCGAGGUGACCCUGCUGGACCUGCCCGGGGCCCCGCGCUCCCGCAGCGCCUGGCGCAGUCACUACAGCGCAGCCCAUGGGCUCCUCUUCGUGCUGGACUCCAGCGACCUGGCACGGAUGGAGGAGGCUCGCAGGGUCCUGAGCCGCGUCCUGAGCCACCCUGAUGUCUCCGGGAAGCCCCUCUUAUUGCUGGCCAACAAGCAAGACACAGCGUCUGCCCUGCUGCCCUGCGAGCUGAUCGAGCGCCUGUCCCUGGAGCGGCUGGUCAACGAGAACCGCUCUCCCUGCCGCAUCGAGCCCUGUGCCGCCAACCGGGGCCCCUCCUCCGGCCCGCCCCGCACCACGCUGCAGGGGCUGCGCUGGCUCCUCCGCACCAUCCCCGCCCCCCCAGCCCCACCGCCCGCCGCCGCUCCGCUGCCCGACCCCGGCCCCAGGGCAGCCCGCAGCCGCCAGCCCGCCCGCAGGUUGGUACGGGGGUCCUGGGGUACCCGUCCCUGUUUCCCGUUGUCCCCAUCCCCAUCCUUCUCUGCGCUCUCGCCCCAGCAGGGACCCAGCGCUCCCCGCGGAGGAUGCCCGAGAGGGCGCGGGGAUAACGGGAGAGUACCGGCCGCCGCGGCCCGUGCCUCGCCUCCUGCCCCUGGAGGACAGCGCUAAGGGCGCCGGGAGGAAGAAGAGAAAGGUGAAGGUGAGGAAGAAGGGCCUGGGGCAGCCAAGCCCAGCCGAGGAGCCGGAGGGACCAGGAGGAGGGGGUGACAGCCGAGCGGGGGCUGCCGGGGGGCUGCUGCCCCCCAACAGGGUUGGGCAGGAGGAGCUGGUUCCCACUGUGAUGGCCACCCCACACCCAGUGCAGGCCAUGAAGAAGAAAAAGAAGAAGAAAAUCAAGAAUAAAAUCAAGUCGCAGGAUCCUGCCGUGGAGCAGCAGCGUGAGGAGGUCUCAAGCACCUUUGAUCUGUACCGCCGGGCAAUGCUGGCUCUGAAGAUGAGGCAGGAGCAGAGGAAGCAGCCGUCUGCCAUCGCCCCCUGAGCGGAGACAGCACAUCCCAAGGGACGUGUGGCUCCAAGGAACCCCACACUGCAGUGGGACCCACGCUCAGGCAGGGCUUGUGGGGUGCUUGGCCAGGGCUGGCAGUCCUGGGGCAUGAACAGCAUCAUUGUCCUCUGCAUGGCUGGAAAACCAGGGAUUGCAGGAGCGAGCCAAAGCCCCUUUGUAAGAUGUCUCUCUGGCAGCAGGGCUGCAGUCCUGAAUGAAAGGGGAACAGCGGCCACUUCCCAACCCUGUGUUAGUAUUCUGUGGAAAGCUCGGUCUGAACCCAGCUCAGUCUGUGGGAAAGAGGAAGAUCGGAGCAGGCAUCCCAGGGGAAAAGCCUGUCUUGAGCUGACCUGUGCCCAGGCAAAGCUGUCUGUGCAGGUCAGGGGUUCGCUCAGCCCCUCAUUCAGUCCCUGGUUGCAGCUGGACAAGUCUCCUUUCCUGCUGGUGAAGGUGGUCAUGGAGGGUCUGCAGAAGAGCUUCAUCCAUCCCCACUGGCGUCACUGACAGUGGGCACCCUGCAGCCCUGCUGGUGUGUGCUCUGAGACAGGACCACGAGCGGCAUCUGCGUCCCAACACAUCCGUGUCCAGCAAAGUGAUGCUAUUGCAGGGACUGGGCUGUAUCCAGAGGGCUCUGGGUUGGUCCAUGUGCUGGGAAACCAUCCGUCAGCCCAGGAAACGCUGGACAUGAAGUCACUGGUGCAGCAGUUUUCCUUUCCCAGCUUGACCCGUGCUCAGCAGCACAACCUGAAUCAGCUCUGCUCCCGUGGUUACUGAUUAACAGGCACUGCCUUUGUGGUCCGGGGGAAGAGCAGUCACCAAAGCCCUUCCCUGGGCAGGGCUGAGAAGGGAAAAGAAGAGAAACUGCGGCUGCUCUACCUUGCCAGCCUGCUGUGAAGUCUGCCUCACUCAGAUUCAACUCCCAGUGACACAGCUGCCAGUGACCAGGUGGUCUCGAAGUCCCUUCCAACCCAAACCACUCUG